CAGGAAGUGGAUUUGUAUAAGUACGUCUUUCCUCCUGAUAAUACAUCGUUGGCGGUGCUGGGUUUAAUUCUGCCAUUCGGAAGUAUUCCGCCGAUCGCCGAAAUGCAAGCGCGAUGGGUGGCAGCAGUAUGGAGCGGUCAAGUGGAGUUGCCGUCUCCACAAGGAAUGAUGGCUGAUAUUGAACAAACACGCGAAAUUCGAAUGAAGAGAUACUUCAAGAGUACGAAUCAUGCAAUACAAGUUGAUUAUCUAAGGUAUAUGGAUGAGAUUGCUGAAAUGAUUGGAGUUAAACCGAAUAUAUGGAAGGUUCGUCCUUCAAAACAGUUACUUAAAUAUCUUCGGAGGAACUCGUGUGCAAUCAGUCAGAUGCGUACCUAUGAUAAGUUGCAACUGUUUAAUAUUCAGUUCGUUCGCCAGAUGACGAAAAUGCGUGUUUGUGUGAUCGGUGCUGGUGAGAGUGGUUUGCCAGCAAUCAAAGAGUGUCUUGACGCUGGAUUCGAUGUUGUCGCCUACGAACGAACCUCUGAUAUCGGCGGACGAUGGAACCAUAGACCCAACUUCAAGGAAGGUGGCAAUGUAGCAAAAUCAACGUUUAGCAACAUAUCAAAGGAGAUGAUGGCGUAUUCGAUCUUUACGCCUUCUGAAAAUUGCCCUAAUUUCAUGCACAAUUCCGUCUUUUGUCAAUACUUGAAAGAUUAUGCCGAAAAUUUUGAUCUUCUCAAAGAUAUUCGUCUCAAUACAUCAGUUGAGAAGGUGCAACGAGCUGAUAAUAAGUGGGAAGUAACGACGAACGAUGGCAAAAAAGAGACGUUUGAAUUUGUUUUGAUUUGCACAGGACGAUAUUCGAUUCCAAAACUACCUGAAAUAAAGGGCAUGGAAGGAUUCCAGGGUCGAGUGCUACAUUCACGCGAUUUUAUUGAUGCGGAAGCAUUUCGAAAUAAGAACAUUUUUAUUGUUGGCAUCGGAAAUUCGGCUCUAGAAAUUGCUGUUGAAGCAGCUGCGGUUGCGAAAUCGGUGCAAAUUUUGUUCCUCUCAAUUCUUUUGCUGUUUUGUCACCAUGCAAUUGCAGAAACUCGUCUUUGGUCCUCAGCUCUGCCAUACGAUGUCGCGCUGAAUAGCCGUUUUUAUAAAGCCCUUUAUGACAUCUUACCAUGGACUAUUCUGAACGACUAUAUGGAACACCAUUAUGAGGACGGUCUCAGUCACGAACUUUACGGUCUUCGUCCGCAGCACCGUUUCUUCCAACAAACAUUCACCAUCUGCGACUCUCUUCCGGACCUAGCGUGUAGUGGUGCCAUCAUCAUAACGGAAGGCGUCGACCAUGUGGAUGCAACUGGUGUGGUUGUGGAUGGUGAUCGGCAUUUCCCGGCAGAUGUAAUCAUUUUGGCAACCGGUUAUAGCAUACAGUUCCCAUUCCUGUAUCCAGAAUCGUUGAUUGACAUUAAAGAAAAUGACAUGAAUCUCUACAAACUGAUAUUUCCGCCUGAACAUCCAUCACUGGCCGUCAUUGGUUUUGCACAACCACGAAUGGGUGGAAUCGCGCCAAUCGCCGAAAUGCAAUCUCGCCUGGCAGCGGCCGUUUUUUCGGGCCAAGUGAAAUUACCAGCGAAAUCGGCUAUGGUGAACGACAUCAACAUUCGUCGUUCUGCUCUCAGCAAGAGGUAA